UCAUCCGGGUUUUCUGACUGCCUUGGCGUCUCGGCCAAUCAGUGCAGAACGGGGGCGUGGCCUAGUCGUUGAUUGGUCAGUUCGGACCGAGGGGCUCUAUUUGAAAUCCGCUAACGGCGGCGAGCGGAGGCGCCGCGCGGGGCGGCUGCGGUGUUGGGGCGAGUGGUACCGGGAGCGAGGCCUCGGAGGGCUGCGGUGUUGAGGCGAGUGGUACCGGGAGCGAGGCCUCGGAGGGCUGCGGUGUUGAGGCGAGUGGUACCGGGAGCGAGGCCUCGGAGGGCUGCGGUGUUGAGGCGAGUGGUAUCGGGAGCGAGGCCUCGGAGGGCUGCGGUGUUGAGGCGAGUGGUACCGGGAGCGAGGCCUCGGAGGGCUGCGGUGUUGAGAGGACUGUAGCUGUGUGGAGGACUCGUGGGGACGGCGUGAAGGUGACGAUGUCUCGCCCAGAAUCUCGCUAUUCCUUCGAUGUCCCCAACCCCUGCAUCAACUUUGCGACGCUGAGCGAUGAUGACGAUGUGCACAAUGCAGAUGCCUGGUUUGACCAAAAAGCCAAUCUGGAGAAUGUCCCUCCUGCAGAAAAUCUGGCAAAGGUCUUGCAGAACAGCCCUGCUUUGUCAAAGCCUGACAUUAUUCUGUCCUCUGUCACUUCUCAAGGAAUAACAACAAGUGAAAGCCACAGUGAAGAGGAGGGUGAAACAGAGUGUGUGCAGGCCAAUGCUGUUCCUCAGAACAUUGUUGGAUCUCUGUCAAGCUGGAGAGCUGCUGCUCCUGCAGAGGCCUCUCAAAGAGCGGGUAGAAGACCAGCUCCAAGGCGGAAAAAAGCCCAGCAACACAAACAGCCAGCUCGGGUCAAAGCCGAGGGAAACGCAAACACCUUGGAUAAUAAGGAAGAGAUUCCACCCCUGAAAAAAAUGAGAAUCCUUAGAGUACCAGGGAAAAAUAGACGCUCUUUACCUGGGCCCGGGGCGAGUUCUAGCAGCAGAGAGAAGCUGCCAGAAGAAUCCAUGAAGAGAGAGCCUCUGCAGAAUGCUGACCUCUCCCCAGGGAGAGGGAAGAGCAAGCUGACCAUGCCCUCCACGCCAACAAUGUUAAAGAGGACCAACCUUUCUGGCAAGCCAAAGAGUACAGAGGAGCAGGAGCUGGAGAAGAUGCAGCAGCUGCAGCGGGAGGUUAUGGAGCUGCGGAAGAAGAAUGAGGAGUCUCUGAAGGCAGCUAUUACUGGAGCAGGACAACCAAUGAAGAGACCUGUUGGUCAAGUAACAAAGCCAGUGGACUUCCACUUCUGCACAGAGAACAGAGUUAAGCAGCACACAGAAAGCCAGCCUGGGAACGAGUACAAGGAGCUGGAUUUUGCAGCAGUGCUGAGAAAACAUCCUCCUUCCCCGGUUCGAGUGCCGAAGGGACCCACUAUCCCCAAACCUUUCAAUCUGUCCCAAGGAAACAAAAGGAAACAUGAGGAAUCCACAUCAGAAUAUGUGUCCCUUGCUGAGCAGGUAGAAGCAUUCCAGAAACGUACCCCCUCCCGUUACCACCUGAGGAGCAGGAAAUCCAAUGAAGCAGUCCCAGCUGCUGGCAAGCUGAAGGCACGGCUUACCAACCCGAAAACACCAGUGCUGCUGACAAAGCAGCGCUUCAGACCUGCCACCUGCAAAACUACAGCUGAGUUAGAAGCAGAGGAGAUGGAGAAAAUUCAGCAGUACAAAUUCAAAGCACGAGAACUUGAUCACAGAAUCUUUGAGGGUGGUCCACUCCUGCCCAAGAAACCAGCUGUGAAGGAGCUCACACAACCCAUUGGCUUUGACUUGGAGAUAGAAAAAAGGAUCCAGGAGCGUGAGAGCAAGAAGCAGCAGGAGGCAGAGCGCUUCGAGUUCCAUUCCAGGCCGUGUCCCACCAAAAUCCUGGAGGAAGUUGUGGGUGUCCCAGAGAAGAAAGCACUUCCUGUUACAGUCCCCAAGUCUCCAGUCUUCACAUUGAAAAGCAGAACCCGGCUGCCUAGCAAGGAUGAAGAAAAGGAAAAAGAGGCAGUCCCUGUGAUCAAAGCUAACGCAGUGCCACAUUAUGGAGUGCCCUUCAAACCCAAAAUGCCAGAGCAGAGGCUGGUGGAAGUGUGCCCCUUCUCUUUCGAUGCCCGAGACAGAGAGAGGCAGAUACAGAAAGAGAAAAAAAUAGAAGAAUUGCAGAAAGAAGAGGUGCCCAAGUUCAAAGCACUGCCUCUGCCUCACUUUGAUCACGUGAAACUGCCAGAAAAGAAGGUCAAAACCCCAACUCAGCCUGAGCCCUUCAACCUGCAGAUCGAUGAACGGGGAGCUGCCAAGCUAGAGAGCUGGAAGCAGCAGCUUAAAGAAGACUUGAGAAAGCAGAAAGAGGCAGCAUGUUUUAAAGCUCGUCCCAACACAGUGGUGUACCAGGAGCCUUUUGUGCCCAAAAAGGAGAAUAAGCUGUUGUCAGAGAGCCUUUCUGGUUCUGUAGUUCCUGAAAACUUUGAGCUGGCAACAGAAAAACGAGCCAAAGAGCGGCAAGGAUUCGAGAAACGAAUGGCAGACAGAGAUGCCAUGAGGGAGAGGCACCAAGAGCAGAUCAGGCAGGAAGAAGAGGAGCGGGAGAAGGAAGAAGUUGCUAAACUAAGGCAAGAAAUGGUUCACAAGGCAAACCCCAUCCGCAGGUACCGCAGCGUCGAGGUGAAGCCCAGUGACCAGCCCCUGACUAUGCCCAAGUCUCCCAACUUCUCAGAUAGAUUCCGGUGCUGAUGUGCAUCCUGUGGCAGGAGGAGGGAGCUCACACCCCUCUCUUGGUAAGGCAGAGAGGGAUCAGUUGUUUUUAGGUGACUGCUCAGUCUCAGCUCCCACGCUUGGUUCCGUUACUGUUCAACCAUGGGAGGCAGGUGGCUGAGGCCCAGCACACGGACAGAGCCAUAUGGCCUUGCAGCACAUCUAAGCAUCUUGUUCUCUAAAGACUAAACCAGGUUUUGAUAUUGUCUACAAAUAUUGUGUACCUGAACUAAAUAAAAAUUGCUAAUUGAUGGCUGGCUGGUGCUGGCAGGUGAAUCCCUGUGCUGAAGGACAGGCUGUGAGUGCACAGGGAUGUGCACUGCUGGGAGAGAUGCCUUGGCUUUGAACACCUAAGGACUGGUUUCACUUGUCUGUUUCUUGGGCUUUUAGUCUGUUUGAAUCUUGAAUUGUAUGAAGUACUGUGGCUUCUGCAGGCCAGCACACUGCAAGUCUGACCUUUCCUGUUGAUGUUUAGGUAAGUGCUGAUUCAAAUGUUGCCCACACUUUUAAAAGUAG